CUUGUGUUUUUAUCAAAGCUCUCAUUCGUUUCAAUCUCAUUAGGUUUUCAUCACUUCAUUCUAACGUCGCUAUCGUUUGUUUCGGUUCGUUCAGUAGAAGAGCUGCAGCAGCUUCGUCUCCCGUACGUUAUUUACUGUUUAUUCCUGCCCUUGUUGUUUCGUUACCAUUAUUUAUUUAUUUAUUUGUGGAUGACUGAUGCAGACGCAGCGGCAACGAUUUUCAGAUUGAGUUGAAAAUGGGUUUCCAGGUGGAUGAUUUUAUUGCAGGAUGGAUCGGAGGUGCCUCCAGUGUGUUUGUGGGCCACCCCCUGGACACAGUCAAGACUCGUCUCCAGGCAGGACAAGGCUACAAGAACAUGUUUCACUGCAUCCUUACCAUCUACAGGAAGGAAACGGUCUCAGGGUUUUUUAAGGGCAUGUCAUUUCCAUUGGCCAGCAUUACUCUUUACAACUCAGCCGUGUUUGGCUUCUUCAGUAAUACACAGAGACUCAUAAGCAAGUAUCGCUAUGGUGACGUACGGCAUCCCUGUGGCAUGUUGGACCUGACUGUGGCCAGUAUGUUGACGGGACUGAUGUCAGUGAGCAUUGGGGCGCCGGUAGACCUGGUUAAGAUCAGACUGCAGAUGCAGACGCAGGCUGUUCUCGCAGAGAACGUGCAGUUUGCUGGCAACAUAUCCAGUGGCUCCAACAUCCCUCUGCGAUCCGUCGACUUCUCAGGCCAGACACUCUACCGCGGACCAAUCCACUGCAUCAGCAGCAUUCUUCAGACUGAGGGCCUCCCGGGUCUGUACAGGGGAGCCGGGGCCAUGAUCCUGAGAGACAUUCCAGGAUACACCCUCUAUUUCAUUCCAUACUCCAUGUUUUGUAACCUGCUGACUCCAGAUGCUUCAUCCAACCCUCAUCCUUGUGCCAUAUGGCUCGCUGGAGGACUGGCAGGCUCCAUUUCCUGGGUCACUGCUACCCCUGCUGACGUGGUGAAGAGUCGGAUUCAGGCCGACGCUCAGCUACAGAGGAAGUACAAGGGAAUAUUAGACUGCAUUAUCCAGAGCUACAAGACAGAAGGGAUUCACGUUUUCUUCCGUGGAGUGUCUGUUAAUGCCAUUCGAGGAUUCCCAAUGAGCGCCACCAUGUUUCUGACCUAUGAAAUGUCUCUACAGUUCUUCAGAAACGUAUAGAACAACUGAAGAAACGUAUUUCACUGCUGGCAGCAGCUCACUUUAAGACUGAUGCAAUACAGUAUAAUUGGUUCAAUCUGAGAUAAAAACUUGAUAUGAAUUCUAAUACAUUUUACCAACUUCCACAGUUGGAAGUAGGUAUUAAACGGAAGCCAUUUUGUCAACAAGAUUGCUAAGUAGGUAGCAUUUUGGCAAGAGAAGGAGCUAGCUAGUUGACAAAUAAAACUAGGUCGCUAGGGUCAAACCUGUAAUAUGACAUUUCUUGUUAAUAUCAGAAUAAAUAAUAUUAAUUCACAUGUGGCCCAUUUUCGAGAACAGGUAUGGGCCAAACGUAAGUGGGUCAGUAAAAAUACCAAUUACAAAAUGUUUACACCACAAAAGUGACGUUUAACAUGUUUUCUGUAGGUCGGUACAUUCAUAUUACAUUCAUAUUAUUCAUAUCAUUCAGCUGACUCUUAGAACUGGUGUUUUUAUGUCACCAGUACAAACGCCUAUAAAAUGUUUGCUUGCAAGCAAAGCACAAAUUAAAGCAAUACAAUGCAGAGUAUAUACCAAUACGUUUUACACACCUGCAGCACAAACGCAUCACCAGUAUAUUUUGUAGAGUUUAAGGGAUCGACUCAAAGGUAUUUUAAACUGUUCAACAUUUACUUGUUUAACAACUUUUUAUAAAAGUUUGUGUGAAAUUAAAUGUGUUUUUAAGCAGAAUUGUCGAUACCUGUUUUAACCAUAAAUUGUAUUUUUUCCAAUGUUUGUAAAUAUUUGUAAAUACAUAAACUGUCAUUCUGGAUAGUUCCAGUGUUACAAGUGUCUUAUAUUGUACAUAAAUAAAGAAAGGCUUUUUAACACAA